GGAUCGCUUCAGGUUCUCUCGUUGCUUGGUACUGGCGUCGACAGCUGCUGAAUUUUGAAAGAGGAUUGGAGAACUGCAGCUGCUCGAUCCCAUGCUCGACAUGGUGUUGCUCUUCGGAGUCGUCUUCACGUCUAUCCUUGCAAGAGCGGCGUCGGUGGGCGUGUGCUACGGCAUGAGCGCCAACAACCUGCCGCCGGCGAGCACCGUGGUCAGCAUGCUCAAAGACAACGGCUUCAACUCGGUGCGCCUCUACGCGCCGGACAGUGACGCGCUGGCCGCCCUCGGCGGCACCGGCAUCAGCGUCAUCGUCGGCGCGCCCAACUACGUGCUCCCGGACCUGGCCACCAGCGCGUCCGCGGCGGCCGCCUGGGUCCGCGCCAACAUCGAGGCCCAUUCGUCCGUCUCGUUCCGGUACCUCUCCGUCGGCAACGAGGUGGCCGGCAGCGACACACAGUACCUCGUCCCGGCAAUGGAGAACGUCUACGGCGCGCUGGCCGUGGCUGGCCUAGGAAACACCAUAAAGGUCACGACGGCGAUAUCACAGGCCACCAUCGCCGUCCACAUCCCGCCGUCUUCGGGCGACUUCGCCGACGGGGACAAACCGUUCCUGCUCCCCGUUUUACAGUUCCUGCAGCGCACCGGCGCGCCGCUUCUCGCCAACCUGUACCCGUACUUCGUGUAUACGUACAGCGCGCCGGGCACCAUGGACAUCAGCUUCCCUCUGUUCACGGCGGCGGGAACGGUGGUGCAGGACGGGGAGUAUGGAUACCAGAACAUGUUCGAUGCGUCGGUGGACGCCGUGCACGCGGCGGUGGACAGGCUGCUCGGGGCAAGUGGCAGCGUGGGGGUGGUGGUAUCAGAGACCGGGUGGCCGUCGGCGGGUGGCGAGGCGGCGUCGGUAGAGAAUGCUAGGACGUACAACCAAAACCUGGUGAGCCACGUCGGGAAGGGCACGCCCAGGCGGCCGUGGAAGGUGGAGACGUACCUGUUCUCCAUGUUCAACGAGAAUCUCAAGGAGGCAGGCGUGGAGCAGAACUGGGGGCUCUUCUACCCCAGCACCGAUAGGGUUUACCCCAUCAACUACGGCACCAAGUGACCUGGUCGUCGUCGAUUCAUGUGCGUGGCCGUGGUGAUAGAAGUGUACACU